AUGGGUUUGGGUGGAUCCAUUCCAAAUUUUCCCUUCAAAAUUGAUAGUGCGAAACCAGAAUACAUCCAUAACACUGCAACUCUGAGCUGGACGAUUCGCCAAGGCACUCGUGUAGAGGACGCUAUGCCAGUAAGUAUUUUCACAAUAUCUAUUAGCAAAGAAAAAGUAUGUCAGGAUCCCAAGGAUACAAAUAGAAGGUUGCUAGCACGAAACGCGCUAAAAUAUUCCAAGAGCCUGAUGCUACCGGGUGUUCUCAGAUGUUACGGUGGAGUUGAAUAUGACAACUGCAUCUACAUCGCAACGGAGAGAUGCGAUCCGCUGUCGUGUUUGAUGACUAACAUGGAUUCCCCGCACGAGUCCUAUAGUGACCUGAAAGGGCAGAGAUACGAGCAAGAGGUUGCGCUUGGUUUGAAACACGUUGGGGAGGCUCUGAUUGACUUGGGAAGGAAUGGAUUGAUGCACGGCAACAUGUGCGGGGAAACGGUUUACGUUACCGAAAAAGGGUUCUGGCGGCUCUGGGGAUUGGAGCUGGUUUCAACGAGCGGGAAUAAGGUAGAGAGCAGUAAUCACGACGCGAGUCUGUACAAUAAACUUGCGGCGGACUUCUUGCCCACGUACCGCAUUUCUGAUAGGAUAGGACGGCAAAAUUCGUCGGUAGAUAUGUGGUGUAUGGCGUGUCUUAUAUUCGAAGCCUUUCGCAGCCGAAGCAGCGCCAACGCUGAUACAGCGUCUUUGAGCCCAAAGAGUGUGCAUAGCUGCAAGCAGCAGCUUCCGGACUCUUUACAGGUUAGUUUUGUGCGGUUAUUAUCUGACAAAGGAGAUGCUCUCAGUGCAAUAUCGCGAUUUCUUGAGAAUUGUGAUUUUAUAAACGAGAGCACCUAUGUUCAAUGUCUUAGUGAUAUCGAUCAGUACAUCCUUAUGGAUACUACACAGCGAGAAACACUUAUGGAUCGACUGAGUUCCGCAGUGUCGGAAUUUCCCCUUCGUGUUUGUCUGAUGGCGAUUAUCCCAAAGUUAAUGGAGCUUAUUCAAAUGGACACCCCUCCUGUGAACAUCGUUAAUCCUAUAAUAGAAAUCUCAAAGCUCGUUGUGGACGACGCGGCCUUCGAGGCACACAUCGCUCCUAACCUAGCCCUGCUUUUUCAGUCUACCAACGUGGCUAUCCAAUAUUCUCUUCUGGAGUCGAUGGAUGUUUAUGGUAGCCGCCUCUCGCGGACAAUGCUGGAAAAGAUAUGGCCCUUGUUCGCUAAGGGCAUUAUCAGCACCUCUGCAAGAAUCCGCGAUGGUUCCGUACGGGCGCUGGUGCAUAUUGCUGGGCAGCUUAGUCCGCGGAUUCUUACACAGGAGGUGCCGUUUCUUGUGCAAAAGGUUCAGAGCGAUUCCGACGGUGUCAUCCGCACCAACGCGACGAUCGCGCUCUCCAUGAUCGCGCAGCACAUGCCACCAGAGGUCCGGCAAAAGGUUUUAGUGUCUACCUCUGUGCGGAUGCUAAAAGACUCCUUCGUGCCCAGUCGCAUUGCCGCGCUACAGGCGAUAGGCACCGUCUUGGCGGAGCUGAAAUCCCGGGAGCUCUCCGAGGUGGUCAUUCCGAGGGUCGUGCCGCUCAUCACCGACCCUGUCGGCAACGUCCGAGAGCUUUCCAUUUUAAUCUUGAAAAACUCACUAGAGAAGUUUGAGGCCGAUCAUUAUCUAUGCCUCGAACUGGAGAGAGCGCAUCAGCUGGAGGACAAUCGACAAGAAGAUGCCGUUUCGAAUAAAACCCAGCGGUCGUAUUCCAUUAAUGAGGGAACGACGACCUAUGAAAGUAGGGCAGAAUGGCUUCAAGAGAGCAGUAGUGGCGCCAAGCCACCCUUGAGCAAACCAUCCCAUUCGCAUUCCCCAUCGUUUCCAUCACACUCGGAAAGUAACACGAGUUUCCUGGGGCCUGCGCAGACCUUUUCUCAGGGUUUGCAGCAAAGCUACUCGGAUGCCUACGAUGGCUGGGAGGAUGAUGUAGGCAGCUUGAAGCUAUCAAAAGGGAACCAUGAUGCGAAGGAUACUGAUAGUGAUGGAUGGGGAGAGGUGGUUAGGAUACCGGUAAAUACGAAUAUACCCUCUUCCGCGGUUCCACCGUUGAUGGAAGCUUCUCAGAACACCGGCCAGACGUUUGAUAAGUCUUCAUUAAUCUCCAUGAUGUCGUUACGGGGGAAUAAGAUGGACACUUCCCUAGGGUCUACUACAGUUCUUACUCAGAAUAAUACUUCUCUUAGUGGCAGUAUAAAAAAUGAGAAACCAGUUAAUGUCAUGAAACUCCGAAGCAAAAAAAAAUCUUUAGGUGUUGUUCGCUUGGACUAG